AUGCCCCAGUCAGCAGGCAAAAUGUCGCUGGAGGUGGUAUCAGCUGUCAGUAAUUCAUCGCUGCUUCAGCCAGGCUUCUCUCUCCUGAAUUUUGAUGGGCACAUUUUCCUUUUUGGGCAGAAAGGAUGGCCAAAGAGGUCUUGUCCUACUGGUGUUUUCCUCCUCGAUAUAAAAGAGAAUGAGCUAAAAAUGAAACCUGCCUUUUUCUCUAAUGACUCCUGUUACCUGCCCCCUCUCCGCUACCCUGCCAUUUGCAAGCUCAGAGGCAAUGUGGAGUCUGAUGAGUACCAAUAUGUCAUCCAUGGUGGAAAAACGCCUAACAAUGACCUUUCGAAUAAGAUCUAUGUUAUGAGUCUGAUAAGCAAAAAUAGCAAGAAAACCACAGUUCAAUGUAUUGAGAAAGAUCUGGGUGGAGAUGUCCCUGAAGCUAGAUAUGGGCAUACAAUUAACAUAGUUCAUAGCCAGGGAAAAAGUGUGAGCGUUAUAUUUGGAGGGAGAUCAUAUAUGCCUCUUGCACAAAGAACCACUGAAAAAUGGAACAGUGUAGUUGACUGUUUGCCAUCUGUGUUUCUGGUUGAUUUUGAGUUUGGAUGCUGUACAUCAUACAUACUUCCAGAGCUUCAGGACGGACUUGCUUUCCAUGUUUCAGUUGCCAGAAAUGAUACAAUAUACAUUCUGGGAGGCCAUUCACUUCAAAAUAACACUAGGUCCCCCAGCUUGUACAAGCUAAAAGUUGAUCUCCCACUGGGCAGCCCAGCUGUGACCUGCACCAUCUUGCCAGGGGGGAUAUCUGUGUCGAGUGCUAUAGUGACUCAGACCAGUGAUACUGAAUUUGUCCUUGUUGGGGGAUACCAAUCUGACAACCUGAAACGGUUGGUAUGUAACACCAUAGUUCUGGAAGACAGUAAUAUACACAUUGUUGAAAGGGAGGGCCCAGACUGGACACCAGAUAUUAAACACUGCAGGAUGUGGUUUGGCAGUGAUAUGGGCAAAGGGUCUGUAUUGCUGGGCAUUCCAGGGGCCAACAAACAGUUAAUCUCAGAUGCAAACUACUUCUACAUUUUGAGAUGCAAAGAAGAGGACAAGGAAGAAGAACUGACAGCACAAAUUUGCAGUCAGACAUCGACUGAAGACCUUGGAAACUCCACUCCCUUUGAAGAUUCUGAAGAGUUUUGUUUCAGUGCUGAAGCCAAUAGAUUUGAUGUUAAUAAUACUGACACUUACAAUGAAGAUGAUGAAGAAGAUGAAUCAGAAACAGGCUACUGGAUCACCUGCUCUGCCAGUUGCAAUAUUGACAAUAACACCUGGGUCCCUUUCUAUUCAACAGAAUUCAACAAGCCUGCUAUGAUUCUGUGUUCCAAUGGGGCUGGCCACUGGGUCCAUGCUCAAUGUAUGGAUCUCUCAGAGACAAUGCUUCUGCAUCUCUCAGAAGCAAAUGUCAAGUACUUCUGCAAUGAGCACAUUGACCUUAAUAAAGGGUUACAAACUCCCAAAAGGGUGGUGUGCCUGAAAAAACAACCCAUGAAACCACGGCACAAAAAGACAGCCACGAAGUUAACAUCACCAGCGAAAAAGUCCUUUCUUCGGAGGUUGUUUUAA